AGAUUUUGAAUUGUGCUUAAAUACAAAAACACUUAUUAUAUGUAGUUAAAUUAGAAUGUGGAGGUGAACAUACAUGUAAUUUACGUUUCACUUAAAACGUCACGUUCUUUAAUUUCAAAGUAGGUGAAUUAAAUAAUUUAAAACUACGGAUAUUAAAUCAAAAUAAACGAGUCAUGUAAAAACACAGGGAUUAGCUUAUCUGGUAUAACAGGAUAUCGCAUUUAAAAGGUACAAAAUGAACAUCGUGCCAGUGACGACGGAAUAUCCAACUUUGGCUCAUGCCUCCAGAAAUACCCCAGGUAGUCACCAUCCAUCGGAUAUUCCAUUUAAGAUUGUCUAUGGAAAGACGAGCAAGGCGCCAUCUAGCGAGGGAUCAGAAGAAGUUACAAGCUACCUGACUUCUGCGAAAUCCGACACAGUUCUCAUCAAAGAAGAGAAGGUGAAACAAAAACCGUACAGAAAAUACAGACGCUACAUCGUUUUAUGUUGCACGUUGAUUCUAUCGGUGAUGUUGGCGGCAGUUGUACUAGCUCUGUUAUGCCUUCUGAGAGGGAAUUCUGUCAUAGAGUGGUUGCACUACGAGUCACCAUUUAUUGCAUGGGACCGUUACAAUGACACGAUCUUUCAGACAACAGCAGUACCUCAGCGACCAGCUAAUAUUACCACAACCAUACCUUAAUGACGUAAUACUGAUACCCAAGGGUUCGUUUUUGGUACGAUGGUAGCUUACGAUUUCGAGAAAACCAUUUUACAAUUAUAAUUAUAAUAUUGCAAAAAUUGAAUAUCGUAAAUAUUCCAAAUAAUGUUUUGUCAAACCAGAAAAACAAUAUAGAAAAACAAAUGGUGAAAUUCAAAUCAAAAUCAAAACAAAA